UCUCUUCUUCUCCUCUCGGUUCCCAAACCCUAAACUCACAACACGCAACGCAGUUAACCUUAACUAAACCUCCGUGACUGAUCCGAGACCUCUACAUUUAACGGAAACUUCUCUUCAUUGCUUCUAUCAAUCGAUUUUGAGCAGAAAAUUUGAUUUUAUUCGACUUUUAAAGCUUAUUUUUUGAGUUUUUUUAUGGAAGGUUUUGAGGUUUAUGAUUGAAUCUAAGGUUUGCCUAUGUAUCCAAAACGAUCUGGCCAAGGCGAUGGGUCUGUUUCCGGACCGUUACGCACCAGUGAUAGACUUAGAAGGAGGCCGAAGAUUUUGGGGCGGACUUACCUGUAUUAUAAUCCAAAGAACUUUCGCGGCCGGAAAAGCAAGACUAAGGCCAGAACGGCGGCGUCUCAGAUUGCGAGAAUGUUCGGCACUGGGAAGCGCCCCGUGCGAAGCUCGAAUGCGAAGCCAGUCCCACCCAAUGUCCGCCGUUCUACUAGAAAGAGGAGGAUUUCUGUGAAUCUGGAAGAUUACACUGACAGUUCUGGAUCAGAAGAUGAAGACCUAAUGAGGACCCAAUAUCGACCUUUAAGAAAUCGGAUUCGGAUAGCCAAUAAUGUGAGUCAAGAUGAGUUAUCGUCUCCCAAGCAUAAGAAAAUUGUGGAGGCUAAACCAACUCCCCGGCGUGAGGGAUUGAGGCCUCGUCGUUCCAGAAUAGUCACUAGACAAUUGAAUUUAGAAUCUGGGGAUGAGCAAGAUACUUCGGAAGAGAAGGUUGGCCAAGAUGAAACUGAGAAUGGGAAUGAAUCUGAUGACAAUGAUCCAGAUCAUGGUCAGAAUGAGGGUGAGGCAGAUGGUGAGGAUGAGGGGGAUGGAGAGGGGGAGGGGGAAGAUGAGGAAGAAGAAGAUGGUGAUGAUGAAGAAGGUGAAGAAGAACAAGAAGGAAGGAGGCGAUAUGAUCUCAGGAACCGUGCAGAAGUCCGUAGGCUCUCAAUGGAAGAAGGCAAGCAAAGACCAAGAUCUCCUCGAAGAGUAUUGCAUCAGGGAAUAGGGACCAAGGUUGGUAGAGAUGUAAGGAAAGGGGGAUCACGAGUUCAUAAGCGUCACCGUCUAGCAAGAGCUGAAGAUUCUGAUGAUUCUCUUCUAGUUGAUGAGCUCGACCAAGGUCCUGCUAUUCCCUGGGGGCGAGGUGGGAGCAGAUCUGGACCACCUUGGCUCUUUGGAGGGCUAGAGAUGCAUGGGACAACGGCAUGGGGAUUAAACAUCGCAGCAUCUGGUUGGGGACAUCAGGGUGAUGCUUUAACUACCUUGACUUCGGGGAUUCAAACUGCUGGGCCAAGCUCUAAGGGUGGGGCAGAUAUUCAACCUUUACAGGUUGAUGAAAGUGUAAGUUUUGACGACAUUGGAGGACUGUCAGAAUAUAUUGAUGCUUUGAAAGAAAUGGUCUUUUUUCCCUUACUGUAUCCAGAUUUCUUUGCAAGUUAUCACAUCACUCCACCAAGGGGUGUCUUGUUAUGUGGUCCUCCUGGCACCGGGAAAACAUUGAUUGCCAGAGCUUUAGCUUGUGCUGCUUCAAAGGCUGGUCAGAAGGUCAGCUUUUACAUGCGUAAGGGUGCUGAUGUGCUUAGCAAAUGGGUUGGUGAGGCUGAAAGACAACUGAAAUUACUUUUUGAGGAGGCGCAAAGGAACCAGCCUUCCAUCAUAUUCUUUGAUGAAAUAGAUGGACUAGCUCCUGUAAGGUCUAGCAAACAAGAGCAGAUUCACAAUUCUAUUGUGUCCACAUUACUUGCCUUGAUGGAUGGUCUUGAUUCUCGUGGACAAGUAGUUUUGAUUGGAGCAACCAACAGGGUUGAUGCCAUUGAUGGAGCUUUGCGCCGCCCUGGUAGAUUUGAUCGUGAAUUCAACUUUCCUUUGCCUGGUUGUGAAGCACGUGCUGAGAUAUUAGACAUUCACACUCGAAAAUGGAAACAACCUCCUACAAGGGAACUAAAAUUGGAACUUGCAGCCAGUUGUGUAGGAUAUUGUGGUGCUGAUUUAAAAGCACUGUGCACUGAAGCUGCCAUUCGUGCUUUUCGUGAAAAAUACCCUCAAGUUUACACUAGUGAUGAUAAGUUCUUGAUUGAUGUUGAUGCAGUCAAGGUUGAGAAGUAUCACUUUAUGGAUGCCAUGUCGACAAUAACUCCUGCUGCUCACAGAGGCUCCAUUGUGCACUCUAGGCCGUUGUCUCUAGUUGUUGCACCAUGUAUGCAAAGACAUCUCCAGAAAGCCAUGAAUUAUAUAUCUGAUAUAUUUCCUCCCCUUGCUGGGUCAUCAGAGCUGACCAAACUUUGUAUGCUUUCCCAUGGGUCAGCGAUUCCUCUUGUAUAUAGACCUCGGCUUUUAUUGUGUGGUAGUGAAGGUGCUGGCGUGGAUCAUCUUGGGCCUGCAAUUUUACAUGAGCUAGAGAAAUUUCCUGUUCAUUCUCUUGGUCUUCAUGCACUUCUUUCAGAUCCUAGUGCCAAGACAUCUGAGGAGGCAUUGGUACAUAUAUUUGGUGAAGCAAGAAGAAAUACACCAUCAAUACUUUACAUCCCACAGUUCCACCUUUGGUGGGAGAAUGCACAUGAACAGCUCAGGGCUGUUCUGUUGACACUCUUAGAAGAACUGCCAUCAGAUUUGCCUAUAUUAUUAAUUGGAACAUCCUCAGUCCCACUUUCUGAAAUUGAAGACGAUCCUUCUUCAGUCUUUCCUAACCGCUCUGUCUAUCAAGUUGAAAAGCCAUCAACUGAAGACCGAUCUUUGUUCUUUGACCAUUUAAUUGAAGCUGCUUUAUCAGUCUUGUUGGAGGGCAAGACCAAAAAGCCUCGGGAAUCAGUGUCCCCUCCUGAACUUCCCAAGGUACCAAAAGUAGAAAGUGGUCCAAAGGCAUCGGAGUUAAAAGCUAAAGUAGAGGCUGAGCAGCAUGCCCUUCGCCGAUUAAGGAUGUGCCUUAGAGAUAUUUGUAACCGGAUUUUAUAUGAUAAACGAUUUAGUGCCUUCCAUUAUCCGGUCACAGACGAGGAUGCUCCAAACUAUCGUUCAAUAAUCCAAAACCCUAUGGAUAUGGCCACUCUGCUUCAGCAUGUUGAUACUGGGCAGUAUAUUACUUGUUCAUUAUUCCUGCAAGAUGUGGAUCUUAUUGUGUCUAAUGCAAAGGUUUAUAAUGGAAAUGAUUACAAUGGUGCUCGGAUUGUUAGUAGAGCUUAUGAGCUACGCGAUGCAGUACAUGGAAUGCUAUCACAGAUGGAUCCUGCACUAGUCACCUACUGUGACAAGAUUGCUGCUCAAGGAGGUCCAACAAAUCUGCCAGAUGAUUUGGGAGGAUCUAUUUUUCCGACUACUCCUGUUGUGCAGCUGGGAACUGUUACUAGAGCAAGUGCACGGCUUCGUAAUGUCCAGCCUGAGGUUAAUUUGGAUCAAAGCUAUGAGGCUCUUAAAAGGCCAAAAAAGAAUGCUGAUGCUGCCCAUGCAGAAGACAGAUCAAGGCAGCAAGAUUCAUUACAAACAAAGUCACCUCAGGAAGUUGAGGCAAAUGAUGCAGAUCCUGAAAGGCCAGAAAUCUUAUCUGCUGAUUGCAAUCGAAAUGAUACUUCUGCAGAAGUCUCUGGUAUUACAGAUGUGAGUGGAUCCCAAGACGUUGUGAUGUCGGAUAGUGAGAUCAUAUCCCAAGUAGAUUCUGUCAAGCGGCUUCUUGUGGAGCGUACUGAAAAUUUCGGCAUUCCACAGCUUGAAAGGCUUUACACACGUAUAGUGAAAGGUAUUUUUGAAACAAAGGAAAAAGGAGUCGAAGACGAUCCGAAGCCUUCAAUUUUGAGGUAUUUAACAAAAUUUGCUGAGGAUAAGGCAAAUUUCUGAAUCCAUGCCUUUUUACUCCAAAAAAAAAAGAAAAAAGAAAAAAAAGAAA